CUGUCUCUGCCUGGGACUCCAAUCAGCACGGGAGGAAUCGCAGCCCACCGCACAAAAAUACUCCUCAGCAUGAACCGAAAAACCAGGCGCUGGCUCUUUCAUAUUUUCCUCUGCGUGGGAAUCGUGUACCUUAAAAUAGGCGGAUUCUCAUCGGUGGUGGCGCUGGGAGCGAACAUAAUCUGCAGCAAGAUUCCGGGACUGGCGCCCCGUCAGCGGGCGAUCUGUCAGAGCCGCCCCGAUGCCAUUAUCGUCAUCGGAGAAGGGGCUCAGAUGGGAAUCAACGAGUGUCAAUUCCAGUUCCGAUACGGUCGGUGGAACUGCUCUGCACUCGGCGAAAGAACUGUCUUUGGCAAGGAGCUCAGAGUGGGAAGCAGAGAAGCAGCCUUCACUUAUGCUAUUAUUGCUGCUGGAGUAGCUCAUGCUAUCACUGCGGCAUGCACCCAGGGAAACCUGAGUGACUGUGGCUGUGACAAAGAAAAGCAGGGUCACUACAAUCAGGAAGAAGGCUGGAAAUGGGGAGGCUGUUCUGCAGACAUCAGAUAUGGAAUAGGAUUCUCCAAGGUGUUUGUGGAUGCAAGAGAAAUCAAACAAAAUGCCAGGACUCUUAUGAACCUGCACAACAAUGAGGCAGGGCGAAAGAUCCUUGGAGAAAAUAUGAAAUUGGAAUGCAAAUGCCAUGGGGUGUCUGGAUCUUGCACCACUAAAACAUGUUGGACAAUGCUUCCCAAGUUCAGAGAACUGGGCUACAUCCUGAAAGAGAAGUACAAUGAAGCAGUUCAGGUUGAACCAGUAAGGACGCACCGAAACAAGCGGCCAGUCUUCUUGAAGAUUAAAAAGCCACUUUCAUAUCGGAAACCUAUGGUCACAGACUUGGUGUAUAUUGAGAAAUCUCCUAACUACUGCGAAGAAGAUCCAGUCACUGGAAGUGUUGGCACACAAGGGAGAAUGUGUAACAAGACAUCUUCGCAAAAUAACAGUUGCGACUUGAUGUGCUGCGGACGAGGAUACAAUACUCAUCAGUAUUCCAGAGUCUGGCAGUGCAAUUGCAAAUUCCACUGGUGCUGCUAUGUUAAAUGCAACACCUGCAGUGAAAGAACAGAAGUUUAUACAUGUAAAUGAAAUUGAAUCUUUUAUAGGGAGGAGAGUCAUAACUCCAAAGGAAAUACUCCUACGUUUGCACAUCAUCUCAACCUAGUGGCUGUGAGUUUGCAAAUAUUGUCUCGCUCUCUUAUAGAAUGCAAAAUGCUUGAGGAUCCCUGUCCAGUAAUAUUGCCAGAUUCACAAGCCUAUCUGGAUUACAAAGAGAUAAAGCACCUAUUGCCAUCUCCAAUAAAUAUUUCAGACAGAAUUUAAAUACUUAAAAACCUAUUUCAAUUAGUCCAUUGAAAUGAAUCCAGAUCUGAAAAGAAAAUGGCACAAAGUUAAGAGCCACAGUGAAAUCAGCAGUAGCUUGGCUUCAACAUAAACCUUUAAAAUAUGGACAAUAAAUAGGACACAGUUGACAAUGCCCCUGUGAGACUUCUGCUGAGAGUGUGGAUUAUGCAGAUUUAGGUUUCUGCAUUUGUGAAAAGCUUCUGCUUGUCUUGCCUGUCUGGAUCUCACAGGAUUGGCUUCAGCAAGUAUUACUGUUUUCAGUUUCCCAUAGACACCGACUUAUCAGCUUUUUUCUUUUCUGUCACAUUUUUUCACAGCCAUUAAGAACACCAUGGUGGACUGAGGGUGGGGUGGGGGUAGGGUGACUUGGACAGAAUGACCGACUACACCAUUAAUAAAUAGUAAUGACAAUAUUUAACAAUAUAUAUAGAGAAAAGAAAAACUAAUAUUAAUUUAUUUAAAAAGAACUCUGCUUAACUUGGGACAUUUCUACAAAGAAAGAGGUUUACUCUCUUUGUGAAAUAAUUUCUUUAGAUACAGCAAGAAUUGGAUUUGUUUGGCUGUAUAUAUUAGAUUUUUGCUCAGAUAUUUCUAAUAGUUGUAUAUGCAGGACCAUUCUGUGUUCUGCACCAUUGGUUUUUACUGACAGAAGCAGGCAUCUUUUGUAAAUCUUCUGCUGUUUGGCUGCUAGUUGUCUGGAACAUCAAACUGGAUGUGAUCAUUUUAAACUCCUACAAACAAAAACUUGAUUAUUUUCCACUUUGAAACAUCAACUAAUUAUAAACCAUUUGAACUAAAGCAAAUUUGAUACUCCAGACAAACCCCAUCUUAUGGAAAAAGGAACCAUAGGUUAAAAGAAUAUAUUUUGUAAAAGACUAUUUUUAUAUGAAUAUUUUAUUUAUACUGUUUCUGCUUGUAUAACUCUAUAACCAGUACUUUUCUUAAAACAUGCAUAAAAGCUGUGAUUGAUUGUAAUAGAUCUGAGAGAAUUUAACAGCAUUAAGACUGAUUAGUUUAUGGACAGAACAGCAACUGGCUGGAGAAAUUCAGAUUCAAAUGGUAGAUGCAUCAAAAUGCACAAACGAACUUUCUUAGGUUAGCUCUGUUGGGAUGUGUGUGUACAAACUGGCUCAUUAUUGCAUUUCAAACUGCAGAAUAUGCAAAACAAGAACAGGGUAUGUAGCAUCAAUUUUGUUAGUUGGCUUGAAUUCAUGAUUGGUAUUAACUGGAUACUCAUUUAUCCCUUUCAGAAAAAAAAAUUGAAAUUGCUUCCCGCAUGCGUCAGUCAUUAAAAUGUGGGGUUAUGACUAGCAAAUGUGCUGUGUGUGCUUUGAGAUAAAGCUCCAUAUUGUGGAA